AAUCUGAUGUGACGUCAGUGCCAGGGAGUGGACGCGGAGAGUAGAAGAAGCGCAGUGAACACGCCUGCUCUUGUGGACUGAAAUCUGCUGUGGUCACUUCACACCAAAAGGGCCUGACCCACACUCUUUUCGUUCAGCGACUCAGAAUGUCCGAAGCGCACGACUUUAGCGCCGCCGGCCAUUGACUUCAGCUCAAGUCUCGUUCACGACUUCCGAAGGGAACGCGCAGGUUUCCCCUACACACCUUUACCUACGCGCCGUACAGGGUCCCAUAAGGGAUACAGUUGAGAAGACAUAUUGAUGAGGAAAGAUCUCGCCAUGCCGGAACAGAAGAGGAAAAUUUACAUUUUGGUGGACGUCCUUUGUGUGCUUGUGGCGGCGAUGCCCUUCAUCAUCAUGACCAUCGUGUUCCGGCCGUACCAGAGGGGCAUCUACUGCGACGACGAGAGCAUCCGCUACCCCUACAAGUCUGACACCAUCUCCCAUGGCAUGAUGGCCGCUGUCACCAUCUCCUGCUCAAUCAUCAUUAUCAUGUCUGGUGAGGCCUACCUGGUGUACACCAAGCAGCUGCACUCCAACUCUGGCUUCAACCGGUACGUGUCGGCGCUCUACAAGGUGGUGGGCACCUUCGUGUUCGGCGCCUGCAUCAGCCAGUCCCUGACUGAUCUGGCCAAGUUCACCAUUGGCCGGCCACGGCCCAACUUCAUCGCCGUGUGCGCGCCCGUUACCUGUCAGGGCUACAUGCUGAAUAUCAACUGCACCGGGUACCACCGCAACGUCACCGAGUCCAGAUUGUCCUUCUACUCCGGACACUCUUCCUUCGGCAUGUAUAGCAUGCUCUUCCUUGCAUUGUACGUCCAGGCCCGCAUGGUGGCCAAGUGGGCUCGACUCCUGCGUCCCACAAUCCAGUUCUUCCUGGUGGCCUUUGCCGUCUAUGUGGGCUACACGCGCGUCUCCGACUACAAGCACCACUGGAGCGACGUGCUGGUGGGGCUCCUGCAGGGGGCGCUCAUAGCCAUCCUCAAUGUGCGUUACGUGUCGGACUUCUUUAAAAUCCGUCCCCCCCUCUGUGUACGAUCGGAUUCUGGAGAAAGUGAGGAUCUGGAGAGGAAGCCCAGACUGCAAAUUGCUGAGACCGACCGGGCCAACAACCACUACAGCUACCCGGGACCUGUGUGAAGCCUACACACACACACACACACACACACACACACACACACUAUAAAUGUCCUCACAUGCAUAUAUUUUAAUAUUUUUUAUGCACAUUAUACACAUAUUUUCAUACUACUUUACACACACACACACACACACACAAUCUAAUCAAGUACAGACACUUACAUGGACUUGCAUCACUGAACUAUUCAGUCAGUCACCUGGCUAUUAUGCUUUAUGAUCACUGUGUGUGUGUGUGUGUGUGUGUGUGUGUGUGUGUGUGUGUGUGUGUGUUUCUUUUUUGUGUUUGUGAGUGACUAUGUGUGUACAAAUGUGCAAGAGUGUGAAUGGUGAACAAGCAUGGCUUAUUUUAUAACACUCUUUUAUUGUUCUUUGAAUGGCUGAUGACUGCUGUACGCAAACCGCGGGUGGUCUCCCAGCAGCUGAGUAAGCGGCCUCUUCCCCUGCGUUGCUGAUGUUCUGAAAGGUCAUAGGUCAUUGUAGGUUAGCAACUACAGCAACAGACUACGAUGGCAAGAUUUCUGGAUUUCAAGAGGGCUGGAUGCGAAAAGGCUCUGUCUUUUUUUUUUAAUCCACAGCCAUGUUCAAAGUGCCUUCAUAGGUUUGUUUUGAAAUUGUUUGUAAUUUUUCUGAUCUCCAUAAUGUUUUGAUAGUUGCUGGCUAGUAGUAGAGCCUGUUGUUGUGGAAUAUUAUUUUGUUGUUUUUGUAGAACGGUGUCUUUAUAUGCCUGUUUUAUUCUAUUAUCCCGUAUUUUAGUGCCACGUUUAUGUCUAAUUCAUUUGUACUUAACACUGUGCAUUGGCACUCAUGCUAAUCCAUCAUGAGGGUGCCAUUAACAUAAAGAAGCAGUGCUGUAUCGAUAGUCUGGAUACAUUAGCUAAUGGUCACUCAGUCGCGCUGGUUUAGUUCUGUUUGAUCUGGGCUGAAAUCCCAAACAUGAACUCACUUGGACCCGUGUCUGGGCUGAGCCAGAACUGUGCAAGACUCACACUGGGUAGAGUGAUAGUGUGUGUGUGUGUGUGUGUGUGUGUGUGGUGCGUGUGUGCGUAAGAACAAUUGCUCAUGUGCAUUUUCUGAGAGCACAAACUACUGUCUGCCAUUUAGAUGUGAAACAAUGUAUGUAAACUCACACAGUUAAAUUUGUUCUCGAUUAGUGUGUGUGUUAGUGAGACAAAAACACUGAAUAACACUUGUUGGACAAUAUUACCAACUUAGACAACAGCGCCUGGGAAGUUCUAAGAAACACUCCUGGAGUUAUAUUACUAGAUCGUGCCACCUUGUUUUAACAGUGUGUGUUGUUAUUCUCAUUCUGUAACCGAUGGAACCCUGACUGUUGUUGCAGGUCUGUUAGAUGGACUACUUGGACAGCAAGCCUGCGUGUACUCUUCCUGUCUGUAUAACCAUGUUUUGUAUCUUCACCAGUCUUUGUCUAGACGCCCAUGCUGUAUUGUCUGUACACACCCGUGAGGCAUAUUUAUUCUGAUAGCAACUGCACCCCAUAUUCAGUCAAGAUGUAUUUUAUGCCAUUAUUCUCAGUACUCAUUCUAUACUGUAUGUGUGUUUGUGUGUUUGUUUGUACCAGUCAUGUAGACCUGAAUGUUUUUCACUUAAAAGAUGCAAAGCGACACAAGUCA